AUGCUAAACAACUGUUAUACUCUUCGCCACAGUCCAGUAUUCAGAAAUCCAAAAUCAAACUAAGCAGUUCAGUAAUUAACUACACUUAUUAAUGAUACUGCAGGCCGAUUGUCUCCACUUUAACCUCAAGUCAAAAAAAUAAUUGGAAUUAAAAAAAAUUCAUCAACUGACCGCUAAUUACCACUUUGUGAAGUGCCCUUUCAAACUAAUUUUUUCGCCUAACAUGAAAAUGACAUUGCAUAUUCCAAUAGAAGCAAUAUUUAAACAAACAGAUAAUUUAGUAGAAAUUAAAGAACAUAAAGUGUUUAUACAGGUAAUAAAGAAAAUUUUGUGAGAAGCCCUACUAGAAGUCCAUUUUCUAAACCAGUUAUUCAGAAAGAUUGUUUCACUCCAAUCUAUAAUAGGAGUCCCAUCUAAAGAGUAUAAUCUCCAGGAAUAAUAGUAGGCAUAAGACAAACUAAUCAAAAGGGAUUUGGAUCCAUAAGUCCCAUGAGAAUACAACAAAGGGUUAAUAUAAGAGAACCUUUAUCUGAAAUGGUGGAUAAUUUGAAACAAAAUAUUUUGAGAGAUAUUUAAGAAGUCACAAAAAAAUAUUCAAAUACCAUUCUAUAAGCCAACUAAUAGCCAGAAAAAAUCAUAUAAGAACAAAGGGAAACUAGGUUUGACGAAUUUAAGGUCUAAGAAUUCAAAAAAUAACAAUAUCUCGAACAUCAAUUAGAAUUAAUCAAAUCGUAAUAAUAAAAGCUAGUGGUUCAAAAUAAACAGAGUUUCUGUUCUCAAGAAAAUCUUAUGAACGCAACAUUAGAUUAGAAAAAACAUUUCUAAUAAAGAUAACAUGACUUAAAUUUCUUGAAAUCCUUAGAAUACUAGAUCAGAUCACAAUCCUUUGUCGAUUAGUAAAGCAAUUUUUAGAGUUUGAAAUAAGAAACUCAAAAAAUAAAAUAAAUUUAAGAAAUUAAGAAAUUUACUUAUGAUCCUCAAUACUAGUUACAAUUUGCUUAAUAAUAAAUUGAAGAAAGAACACCUCUAUAAAAUAUUAGUAAAUAUAAUUAAUAAAUUGAUUAUUUACAGAGAUUGAAUAAUAAGAUAGAAUCGAUUUCCAAAUAGCAGCAUCAUCUACCCGAAUAUCAGAACCCAUAAGGAUAAAAAAAAAAUGAUGAAUUUUCUAUGACCAAAUUGUAUCAAGACUAACAAUUAAAGAACACCAUAGAUAUGAAUUAAGAAAAGCAAUGCGUAAACUAUUUCUAAUCUCCUUUUAAUUUAAACUAAGAAAAAUAAUAUCCAGUGUUUAAUACUGCAAGAUCUGGUUAUUCACCGAUUGGAAGAGAAGUGCACAUAACUAACAAAGAAUCAGCCAAUAAUACUUUAAAUAAUACUAAACAAAUUUUAUCAACCUUGAAUUCUUAAAAUGAAUUGUAAAAGUUGAAGAAUUUACAAUUAGAAUUAAAAUAGAAUAAACCAGUAUUUGAGUAAACAAAAUAAUAAAAAAUGGAAUUAGAUAUUAAAAAAUUUUAAGAAACAGGAGAAACAAAAAUUGACAAAACUUAUUUUAAUCCUUAUUCAUAGACUUAAUAAAUUUAAAUUGAAAAGUCUUGUAGGUAGGAGAAGAUUUAAGAAAUUAAUUAAGAAAAUUCUAAUCUAAAUAAAGCUAAAUAAUUUAAUGUUUUCAAUUCUUAAUAAUCAUAAUAAUAAUAAAAAUUAUUAUUGCAAUAAUAAGUAUCAGAAUAAAGUUAACUUUAAAACUAAUACUCAAAAAAACAGCAAAAGUUUCCAGCCUAUUUGAAAGGGCCCAAUGAUACUGAUGAUGAUGUAAAUAAUCAAAUCACAAUUAGUAAUUUAUCAUCAAUUAUUCCUGCUGAGAUAUCUGCUAAUUAGCAUAAAAAAAUAAAUGUUUCAUUUGAAAGCAGUAUUGAAUAAUAAUAACUUGAUUAUUUAAAAGGAUCUGAUUGCAGAAAUACGUUUGGACCUUUAUAAUUGGAAACUAUACUAAAAUCCCCAAAAGAAAAUUGUGAAAUUUUACAAGAAAAAGAUUCACCUUGCUAACCUGAAUUUGAUUUAAAUAGUUCUAGGUACGAGAUUUAGAAUCAUAAUAAGAAUUAAGAAAUACCCUCUAAUAAUGAAUAAGAAAUUAUUAAGAGCAGCAGAAAAUUUACUAAGAAUUAAGAAAGUGAAAAGGAAUAAUCUAUAAAAAAAAGUGAUGAAUAAACAGGAGAAAUCCAAUUUUUUGAAUAAAUUGAAAUGAUGGAAAAAAUAGUAAGAUAAUAAUCUCAGGCUCAAUCAUAAUGUAGUUAGUCAAGAGAUUCAAAGUCACUUGAAAAUUAAUCAAAGUAGAACAAUAUUUAAAAUAGUGGAUCAAAUUUCAAAAAUAAAAGUUCCUAAAAUAAAAGCUCUGUUAAAUAAUCACAAGCUUACAGUCCUAUGGAAACUAAAAUUUCAAUUGUAGUUUAACCAUUUUAAAAAGAGAGUUCUGGUAGAAAAAGUUCUCCCAAAGAAAUUGAGAACAAUAACGUUCAAAUUUAAUCUUAGUAGAGCAUUUUAAUUAAUAAAAAUUGUGAUAAAAUCUCUUCUGGUAAAGGUUAAAGGUACAGUGACUACAAAGAGGAAGUAAAAUAACUUGAUGACGAUAAACAAGAAUAAGAUUAUUUAUUAAAUAAUUCUACAAGAUAUGAACAAAUGAAUCAAUCUUUAAGCGAAUUCUAAUUAGAAAGUUAAACAUUUAAAUAAUCAAUGUAGGUUAAUGAAUGUGAACAUAUAAGUGAUUUUGUGAUAUUCAGCGAUAAAUAAAACGAGAACUAAUUAGAAAUAAUUAAAAAGAAGAACGUAACAUUUAAUUAACAAUUAAUUCAAUAAUCUCUUUCAAAAAUAGAAAACCUCCAAACUGAAACUAAUUUCAGUGAUUUUAUGAAAAUUAAGGCUUUGGAUAUUCUCUCAUCAGACUCUAUUCCAGUAAUUUCUUAAGAUGCAUUUACAUUGACUUAAUUAUAGCCAAAAGGAGGGAUAAGCUUUUUGUAAUACAAACAAUAGUUAGAAACUGAAUGA